AAAAAACCCUCCCAACUCAAGUCUCCCUCUUGCAAAAUAAUCGCCAACCAGCAAGAAGAUUUCGUGAAUGAAGAGUUGUUUCGCGAGAGAAAGAGAGACUCGUCGAUGAGAAAAACUUCCAGAGGGAACUCAGAGAAAGGGAAAAUUUUUUCACAGAGGUUACCUGGCUCUCUCUCUCUCUCUCUCUCUCGACUAGGUUUCUCUCUUUAGAGUUUGAGUAAAGAUGCAAGGGUUUCAAGAUAGCGGGCCCCUCGAUUUGGGGCAACUUCAAUUCACCAUGCAAACCAUUGAACUUGCUUGCAGUUCGAUUCAGAUGCAUGUUAAUCCUGCAGCUGCAGAGGCCACUAUUCUCUCACUCUGUCAGUCCCCUCAACCAUACCGAGCAUGCCAGUUCAUUCUUGAGAAUUCUCAGGUGGCAAAUGCAAGGUUUCAGGCUGCUUCUGCAAUUCGAUCUGCAGCUAUCAGAGAAUGGGGGUUCCUUACAGCUGAUGACAAGAGAAAUUUGAUCAGUUUUUGUUUGUGUUUUGUUAUGCGGCAUGCGAGUUCACCUGAGGGUUAUGUUCAAACAAAGGUUUCUUCUGUGGCUGCUCAAUUGAUGAAAAGGGGCUGGCUAGACUUUACUGCUGAUGAGAAGGAGGCCUUUUUUGGUGAGGUAAAGCAGGCUAUUCUUGGUUUUCAUGGUGUAGACGUGCAGUUUACUGGAAUCAUCUUCCUUGAAUCCUUGAUAUCUGAAUUUUCUCCUUCUACAUCAAGCGCUAUGGGCCUUCCUAGGGAGUUUCAUGAGCAGUGCCACAAGUCAUUAGAGCUAGAAUAUCUAAAGACAUUGUACUGUUGGGCACAAGAUGCUGCUCGAAGUGUCACAAAUAGAAUAAUGGAAUCUAAUUCUGAAGUACCAGAGGUUAAAGUUUGUACCUCUGCCCUACGUCUCAUGCUUCAAAUCUUGAAUUGGGAUUUUCAGUACAACACAGGCAGUGCUAAUGGUGCAAAACCCAGUAUAAAUUUAUUUCCAAAUGGAGACAGACAGGAUAAUGCUUCGCUAAGAAGGUCUGACUGCAACUUAGUGCAGCCUGGUCCUUCGUGGCGUGAUGUUCUGUUUUCAAGUGGUCAUAUCGAGUGGCUUUUGACUUUAUAUGAGGCACUGAGAAAAAAAUUUUCAUGUGAGGGCUACUGGCUUGACUGCCCUAUAGCAGUCUCUGCUCGGAAGCUCAUUGUACAGUUCUGUUCCUUGACAGGGACCAUCUUUCCUGCUGGUAAUGUGCAAAUGCAAGAGCAUCAUCUUCUACAAAUGCUAUCUGGAGUUAUACAGUGGAUUGAUCCUCCUGAUGCUGUCUCAAAAGCAAUUGAAUGCGGAAAAAGUGAAAGUGAGAUGCUUGACGGUUGCCGGGGAUUAUUAUCUAUAGCUAGUGUGACUACUACACAUGUGUUUGAUCGACUUUUGAAGCCUAUAAGGCCUUUCGGAACUCUUAGCCUGUUAUCAGCCUUGAUGUGUGAAGUUGUGCGACACCUCAUGGCUAAUAAUGCUGAAGAGGAAACUUGGAGUUGGGUUGCUCGGGAUAUCUUAUUAGACACUUUCACAGCCCUUCUUGUGCCAGUGGAUGGUACCGGUAAGGAUGCUUUGCUUCCACCUGAAGGAGUAAAUUCAGCAGGUCGUUUGUUUGCAUUGAUUGUAGAGGCUGAGCUGAAGGCUGCAGCUGUGUCAAUCUCCAGCGACGAGGAUGACUCUGAAUAUCUUCAGGCUUCCAUUUCUUGUAUGGAUGAAAGACUAGGCUCUUAUGCUCUUAUUGGAAGGGCAGCGAUUGAGGUUACCAUUCCUUUGCUCACGAGAUUGUUUUUGGAACAAUUUGCUAAGCUUAAUCAGACAGAGAGGAAGGAGCUGCAGUGCUUGCUAGGGUUUCUUUGGAGUUUUGAGGAAGAGGAAGAGGAAGAAGAUGGAGUGAUGAGAGGCAUAACAAAUCCAAUUGAAACUUUGGAGGAACUUUACUCACUGUUGUUGAUAACUGGUCACGUUCUUGCUGAUGAAGGAGAGGGAGAAACACCCAUGGUGCCAAUGGCUAUACAAACUCAUUUUGUGGAUAUUUCAGAGACAGAUAAACAUCCUGUUGUUGUACUUUUCAGUUCAAUAUUAAGGUUUGCUGAGCAGUGCUUGAUUCCAGAAAUGACAGCGACUGUUUUUAGUCCUCGUCUGAUGGAGGCAAUUGUAUGGUUUCUUGCAAGAUGGUCCCGUACUUAUCUAAUGCCAACUGAAGAAAGUAGUAGAAGUAAUUGCAACCCAAGUCUUGGUCAGGAUCGCCAGCUUCCAUCACAGCUCUCUAAGACAGCAUUGCUUAAAUUUUGUGGAGAGCAUAAUCAAGCAAAACUUGUGCUUGACAUUAUUGUUCGAAUCUCCAUGGUAACAUUUAUUGCAUAUCCUGGGGAGAAGGAUCUGCAGGAACUCACUUGUUGCCAACUACUUCAGGCACUUGUUCGGCGAAGGAAUGUUUGUGUUCACCUCCUUGCACUGGAUUCGUGGCGUGAUCUAGCAAAUGUGUUUGCUAAUGGUAGAACCUUGUUCUCAUUGAAUUCUUCUCACCAGCGAUCUCUGGCACAAACACUUGUCCUUUCAGCUUCUGGCAUGAAAAAUGCAGAAGCAUCAAACCAGUAUGUACGGGACCUCAUGUGUCAUAUGACUGCAUAUGUUGUAGAAAUAUCCAGAAAGAAUGACCUCAAAGAUGUUGCUCACAAACCAGAUGUCAUUCUUUCAGUCAGUUGCUUGUUAGAGCGGCUUCGUGGAGCUGCUAGUUCUGCAGAACCUCGUACACAGAAGGCAGUUUAUGAGAUGGGAUUCUCUGUAAUGGAUCCCAUUCUAAUUUUUCUUGAAGUUUAUAAGCAUGAGUUUGCAGUUGUCUAUCUGCUACUUAAGUUUGUUGUUGAUUGGGUAGAUGGACAAAUUAUCUACCUGGAGGCUCCAGAAACUGCAGUUGUCGUUAACUUCUGUAUGCAUUUGCUGCAGCUAUACUCUUCUCAUAAUAUUGGCAAGAUAUCAAUUAGUCUUUCAAGCAGCUUGCUGAGCGAAGCAAGAACGGAGAAGUACAAGGAUUUACGUGCUCUUCUUCAAUUACUUGCAAGCCUCUGUUCAAAAGAUCUGGUUGACUUUUCAUCCAAUUCCAUUGAGGAACAAGGCAUAAAUAUUUCUCAGGUCGUUUACUUUGGUCUGCAUAUAGUUAUGCCUUUAAUAUCUUUGGACAUGUUGAAAUACCCAAAGCUUUGUCAUGAUUACUUUGCAUUGCUAUCACAUAUGUUAGAGGUUUAUCCUGAAAUGAUUGCACAAUUAAACAAUGAAGCUUUUGCUCAGACACUUGGUAGUCUUGAUUUUGGUCUUCAUCAUCAGGACACAGAAAUUGUAGAUAUGUGCCUGAGGACUCUCAACGCGCUUGCCUCCUACCAUUUCAAGGAGGUGGCUUCCAGUAAAGUAGGGUUGGGCUCGCAUGCUUCAGGUUUUAAAGAUACAAAUGGAAAAUUGCAGGAAGGCAUCUUGAGCCGGUUCCUUCAAUCAUUGCUGCAGUUACUCCUCUUUGAGGAUUAUAGCAUUGAUCUUAUCAGCUCUGCUGCAGAUGCUCUCCUUCCAUUGAUACUCUGUGAACAAGGCCUUUAUCAGAGAUUAGGCAACGAGUUAAUAGAGAGACAGACAAAUCCAACCUUGAGAUCAAGGUUGGCAAGUGCAUUGCAGUCCCUCACAAGUUCAAACCAGCUUACUUCUACGCUCGAUCGCAUGAAUUACCAGAGAUUCAGAAAGAAUCUUACCAACUUCCUUAUCGAAGUCCGUGGAUUCCUGAGAAUGAUGUGAUUUGUGUUAUUCUGUAAAGAUACUGGAUCUUUUCCUCUCUUUUUUGUUUUUGGGGCGAGGGGGGGUGGUGCAGGAAGGGGGAUUAGCAUUUUGUUUUGCGGGUGGUGUUGUGGAGUGGGAAAAGUAUUUUGGGCACGCAUACUUUUCAUGAAUAUGCAUAUCAGUGAUUUCUUGUAAAUUUUCUGGUCAAACUUAGAACGUAUUAUUAGUUAUCAGUAAUAUCAGGGGGUUGUCUUAAAUUCCAAAA